CUCCAACGUCGGCAUCGAAUAAAUAGCACCGCACAGCACGGCUUGCCCCUCAUGACAUAUCCUCGUAAGCCUUUACGCAUAUAUCUGCACCUGCAAAUCUUCUUGGCAUCAAAUUCUCUAACUCAGUCUAUGGCAGCUUUCGUUUUCUGUACAUAAGAAGCUGCAUCCACUGCUACGAUGCGCUCUCAAUUGACUCGCAGCGUCUUCCGACGACUCCUCUCCACCGAAGGCCUCACAUUCCCUUGCCCUUCUCAAUCGGCAUUACAUCUGCGACUGCGACCCCGUGUCCAAUCCUCCCGGCAUCUCUCCCCCGAUAGCAGACGACCUCAAAGGAGGACAUUUUUUGAUCUCUUGGGCCCAGCCGAACGGAGACAGAAAGAGCCAGUGCUUGACCCCGGCUUUGAAAAAUUGGCUGAAUUCUCGAAAUUACGAAACUUGGGUGCCAGACUGCCUUUGGAUCAUGAGCUGGUAGAUGCCUGGGAUCACUUCUUCCGAUUCAAAAUAUGGGCCAAGCAGCCAGUCAACUCUCUGCAAGCGAUGCAUGUUUUGCAGGUCUUCGAAUAUCUGCGAGACAAGAGGGAACACACUGGUUCAUACCUUCUAAACAGUGCUAGAAUCAUAGAUUGUCUAGUUGCUUUCUCAAACCACCUGCCGGCUGACUAUACCACGCAUCUCAAGAUAGCAAAAAGAAUACACGAAGAGCUGGAAAGCAGAGGAGCCGAUCAAUCGGCGUCGUGUUUCCCACAUGUGGUGGCUAUUUUGUGCGCUGGUGGAGAAACAGCAACCGCUCAGCAAAUGGUGAAAGACACGAAACAAGAGUCUCCACGGGUUCUUUUAAGCCUCGCCGACGGUUAUGUGAGAGAAAAUAACGAAACGGAGCUCCUUGAAGUUGUUAAGAGACUGGAGUCUAUAGGAUCCGGAGGAGCUCGAUGGUAUCAUAAAGGAAUCCGGAAAAUGGUCAGGUUUUAUGCCUCCCAAAAUGACCUGGAAGCUACCAAAAAGUGGGUAUCGAAAUCGUUCGAAGCAGACCCCUUCAUGCCAGCCGCGACUUUGCGCGUGGUGUUGGAUAUGUGCAUUCGACGCGACGAGUUGGAAUGGUGCAAAGAGGUUUUCCGCCAUGUCAUUGAUAAUGGUCCAGUUAAAACCCAGUGGGAUGUUGUGUUUCAAUGGGCAUCAGGAGCUCUUGGAAAGGGUGUGGAGGAUGUGGAACGUAUGAUGAAAAUAAUGAGCAAACAAGAGGGUCCAGACGGGCCACCCGUACCGGACAUCGACACCAUCAACGGACUCGUUGAGCGCGCCAUGGCGAAUGGAGACUCAUAUCUUGCCGAACGAUAUAUAGCACUAGGAGCGAAGUACAACAUUUAUCCAAACGCCAGAACCUAUAUUCUGCAGAUCAAUUACCGAUUAGACGCUGGAGAUCUCUCGGGGUCUCAGGUAGCUUAUAACUCACUUCAAUCCGAAGAGAUUAUAGAGAACGAAGAUCUCCCCGUUAUCAACCGCUAUCUACGCGUGCUCUGCCUGAGACCGAAUACUUAUGAUCGAGUAAACGCGAUUUUGUCAGAUCUGGAACCCAGGAGCGUUCCCCUGCAAGCGCAAACGACCUCCGCAAUCGCAUUAAUGUUUCUGAAGCGUGAGGAUACACAAGAUGUCUUUGACAUUCUGCAAACCAACGCCUACCACUAUACGCUUCCAGAGAGGGCCAGCAUUAUGGAGAAACUUGUCGAGUUCUGCUUGGAUAGAAGGAACAGCAAUGCCAAGGCCUGGAACUCCUACCAAGUACUCCGACAACUCUUCGAUGAAGCAGAUACAACGUUACGCACCAAGCUAAUGCGUGAAUUCUUUGCUCGUGGAAGAUCGGAUAUGGCAUGCUACGCCUUUGGACACAUGCGUCAACAUGCUCACGCCACUCGCAAACCCAAUUUGGAAACUUAUGUUGCAUGCUUCGAAGGGAUCGCCAGUUGUGAAGAUGCCGAGUCCCUGGAGAUGGUCCACAAUAUGUUAAGAAUGGACUCUUCCAUCGAACCCAACACCCAACUCUAUAACUCUCUGAUGUUGGCACAUCUCUCCAUUGGUAAAGGUGACCGAGCCCUGGACUUUUGGGAUGAUAUCACGAAUUCUAUAGAAGGUCCUUCUUACCGCAGUUUGGAAAUCGUCUUCCGCGCUUGCCAAAUGAGUCCAUUUGGGGAGGAUGUGGCAAGGGAUACUUGGGCUAGGUUGAAGAGGUUGGAGAUUGAAAUUAAGAAGGAUGUGUUUCAAGCGUAUUGUGGUGCGCUAUCGGCGAGGGGGAAAGUAGAUGAGGUGAGGGAUUUGAUGCAGAGUGGAGAAAAGGAUUACGGUAUUAGACCUGAUGGGUUGAUGUGAGUUUUCCUUCCCCUUUUCACCCACUUGUUCUUUCGCCACAAUCCCGAGUGGACGAUGAAUUGCGAUAUUUGAAUUUACACUGAUUGGAAUGCAGGCUCGGAGUCUUCUAUAAUGCUAUGCCUGGUCAAAAUCGGAAAGAUAUGAUUGAAGAAUGGGCUAGAGCUACGUACCCCGAGGCAUGGAGGGAAUUGCAGGCUAUGGGACAGACUACCAUCGAUGGUGGGUUUGUGAAGAAGUUUUUAAUCAGGUUGAAGUGGAAGGCUUAGUAGCUAGCUAUUUCUUGUGGGAAUAGGGACGUGACUGUCGUCUGGGACAUCUCUGGGAAUUUUGAGAAGAUGAAUGAUAAGUGGGGUGUUGUAGAUAUAUGAAUGUUCACCCGCGAAUCUAGAGCUGUA